CGAAUGAAAUACUAAACUUACUGAGGAAUGGAAUUUCAAGGAUGAAGCAAAUGCUCGUCUUAAUUCUGCUGUGUAUGACAGUAAUACCAUGUUGCGGCAGAUAUGCUAGCAAGAUAAACCAGGACGAACAACCUAUGGCUCAACGUGAUUUGAAUCAACAUCGACGGACUCAAGCCUCCCUCCCUAAAUUUUCAAAAUCUAGAGAUGGCGAGGUCGAGGGGAAAGGAGGUCGUGUGUCUUAUGGUAACGACGACAUUGGAACAUGGGAAUGGAAGGGGAAAGGGAAGGGUGAUAAGAAAUCAAAAAAAUCAAGCAAAAAGGGAAAGAGCGGGAAAAAAGAAAAAAAGGAAAAAAAAUAUGGAUACUAUGAACGAAGCUGGGGAAAAGGAACGCCUUCACAAUAUCAAACAAAGCUACCGACACUGAACCCUGUACUAUCCCCAACUUUUUUACCCACUCUAGUUCCCACUCCAACGAAGAACUUGGGGAGUGGUAGUGAUAGUGAAGACGCGCGUCCUUCCACUGAAACAAGUAACGACUGCCCACGUAAGUGCCACUCCAUUCAAGACAUAGUGCAACGCUUUCAUUAGUUGAAUCUAUGGCUUUUUUUUCUCACCGCGCUUUUCAGCCGAGCGUCCCCCCACUAUCGUUCCUCCUUCCCCAAGUUUUGUGUCAACGAAAAAUCCUACGAGGGCCCCUUCUCCGACAAUUGCUACCGAUAAAGAAAAUACGAUGUCCGUGAAUCUUCCCAUCUAUGCGAUCGACUACACAUUUUCACAAACAAGUAGAACACCUAUCAAAGUUGACUUUCUGGAGCUACAAACACUUACUCAAUCUUUUUUCAAAAAUUAUAUGUUGACAGCAUACGAAGUUUCUGCCCAAGUGACGCUUGUUGACUUCAGUACUUCUUUUGUCACCGCUCACUUCACGUAAGUCUCUACACCUUGUUUUAUCAACUUAUGUUUCAACUAUGUCCUUUCCUACGCAAGAAAAGCUGAGUUCAUGUGUGCGAUAACUUAUUCAUUCGUCGUUCAUUUUUCUUAAUGAUUUAAAUGGCAAUAGGCCUGGGGAACCGAUUCAUAUUCAAUACAAUUCAACUGCAUACUUCGACUCGAAAUCGAUCAACAUUCCAACCGCCCAAAACCUUUUUGUUGUUCUAGAAAAUUCCUUAGUGAGUACUCAAGCUUACGUUGAUGAUCUACAGUCACAAUUAGAGGAAGUGAAUCCAUUUUCAAGUACAACUGAGGCUAUUUUUACAGAUCCAAAAGACUUACCAGUCACCCAAAGCUCUGCGAAAACCGAAGUGGGAGCUGCCAGUGCCAGUGUUGCUGCAGCCCUUACCCUUACAGUAGUAGCGAGUGCCCUUUUUUUACGCAUGAGAAAAAGCACUGAUGAUAAUGUCUACGACGAAAGGGUGAAGAAAGAGAUUAAAGGAGAUACAACCGUCGCCGGUGAGACUUAUGUCAUGGAAAAUGAUCAUUUCAGUCAGGGUAUCAGUUUGUCAGAUAGUUUGUCGAUGCGCUCAUCAGAACAUGAUCAAUUACCAAACUCAACAUCAUUACUUGGAGAAACAAUACACCAAAACAUUCCGAAGAGUAGGACAAUAAAGGAAACAGGGAACGUCCACGACGUGUCAAAUGGGCACAGCCCAGCGGUAAAGAACAAGCCUAGAACUAUAGAAGAUAUUGAGCGACUUCUCUCGCUUGGUGAUUGUGAUAUAAUUUGAUUCAAUUGUGUUCCAACAGAAACUGGGGUAGGGAUUGAUAUCAGACAAUACUGGUACUGUAGUGGUACUACCGAUUUAUUAAUAUUGCCUUGUCAUCAUGUUGUGAUGUAGUAGUAGUAGUAGUAGUAGAGUACUAGUACUAGUACUAGUACUAGUACUACCUAUUGGUAGUGUUCCAGUCAGGGACAAUCAUCGUUGACUAUUUUACCACACUGGGCAUACUAGCAGGCAAUAGAAUGGUAACUUUUUG